GGAAAAUAUGACGGCAAACGUCGUCAUAACCAUAUUCGCUAAUUUUUUAGCAUUACUGCACGUGUAUGACACACGACACACUGUUGCUCUUCGACAAUUUUUAGUUCAAUGUCAGUUCGCGUUAAAUCGAUCAAACCUCAACGUAACUCAUUUCAGUGGCCUUUCUCAGUUUGUCGAUGAUUAAUCUACUCGUAAUUAAAGUUAUUAGAAGUUAUCCUGUUUACUUGGUUUUAUUAUUUUUUUUCGCGCCAUUUUAAAAUAACGUCCGGCAUUUUUUUUAUUAUGAUCAUAACAACUUGUUUUACCUGAAUAUAUUUUAUCACAUACCAAGAGGCGUGCAAGUGUCCGGCCUUGGUCAGUUCCAGGUACUUUGGUUGCUGCCACCCUUGAAGAUCUUUAAGCUUGGCAGUACACGAGCCUGUCCAUCAGAGUAUCAACCUCAUCCGUCCAAAGGUACAAGAAACGUAAACUUCAACUUCACUGCUGCUCAUUAAUUUUGUUAUCAGCAGCUGAACAAUCAUAAAAUGCCAAACACUUACCCUUGACUAAUCCAGGUAAUAAACUUGUAUCCAAGGAAUAUAAAUAAAUUUUGAAUAGCGCUACGAUAUAUUGUACCAGAAAAUAUAAAUAAAUUAAUGAUAAUCAUGGACGUCAUAUCACGAACGUACAAUCAUCUCGAGUUAGUUAGCAAUAAUAAUAGUAAUAAUAUAGACGAAUUAGAGGAAGAUAUUGAUCUGGAUCCAGAUUUUGAGGAUGAAGAUGUUCAAGACGAACUGCCGGAUACGAGUGAAUCUAUUCCCAAUAUAACAGACUCUGAAUCAGUAACAGAUGAUAGUAUUGUCAAAUUUCCAUUGCGUCGUAGUUUAUUUCCAAAUGUACCGCCGUAUAUUGUCUUCCAUUUGCACGACUCACCGGGGCACGAACUGCCGCCUUCGUUAACUAAACAUCUGAAAUGGAAAUUGAGCUGCAUAACACCAAUAUUAGUGCGUAAAACAGUUUUACAAUCAGGCUAUCGUUUGCUAAAAGAUCCCAAUGAUUGGCUGUCAAUAUGGGGCAAACAAAUGAAGUCAAGUUGUUUCAAGGGAUUGAAAGAUCAUCAAAAAUUUAAUCAUUUUCCCGGUACAUUUCAAAUCGGACGUAAAGAUCGUCUGUGGCGUAAUUUGAGCCGUUUUAUGAUCAAAUACGGAAAAAAAGAAUUCAAUUUUGUACCGCGUACGUAUGUACUGCCGCAAGACUUGCGAAGUUUUCGUCAAAUUUGGGAGAAAAGUGGCGGGAAAGAAAAAUGGAUUAUAAAACCACCGGCGUCGGCGCGUGGUACAGGAAUUCGUGUUGUCCAUCGAUGGUCACAGAUUCCAAAAAAACGUCCAUUAGUUGUACAACAGUAUCUGUCAAAACCUUUAUUAAUUGGCGGCGCGAAAUUUGAUUUACGUUUGUAUGUAUUGGUAUCAAGUAUAAAUCCACUGCGUAUAUAUAUUUAUCCCGAUGGUUUAGUACGUUUUGCAUCUGUAAAGUACAAUGAUGAUAUCAACUACCUCAGUGAUCGUCUUAUGCAUCUAACUAAUUACAGUAUUAAUAAAAACAGCUCAAAUUACACGAGUAAUGAUUGCGCUGACUCUUGUAGUGGCCACAAGUGGACGGUCAAAACACUGUGGUCGUAUUUAGAAAAAGAAGGUGUAAAUACAAAAAAAAUUUGGUCGUCUAUCAACGACAUUGUCAUAAAAACAAUAAUAUCAACCGAGUCUCCAAUUAAUACGCUUAUUAAAACGAAUACUACAAGUCGUUACACCUGUUUCGAAUUAUUUGGUGUCGAUAUUUUGUUAGAUGAAUCUUACAAGCCUUGGCUACUCGAAUUCAACGUUUCGCCGUCACUUCAAUCUGCAUCGGCACUCGAUAUUGCCGUAAAAGGACCCAUGAUAAAAAACGUUUUCAAUAUCGUAGGCUUUCGAUUGCCGGCAAAUUUACCUAAGCGCGAAAUCAGAAAACUAAAAAAGAUGUACGAGUAUGAAGAGAUCCUGUGCCAGAAUACGACGAUCGAUAAGCUCGUGUUGUCAAAUCUCGAAAAACAGAAACAAGCUCUGUACAUUAAUUUGGAUAGAGAAGAUUAUUUGGAUGAUAUUCUAGAAGAUUUGACGCCGGAUGACGUCAGAUGUUUGAUUGCUCACGAAGAUGAAAUAACGCAGACUGAUAAAUUUGAAAGAAUAUUCCCAACUAAACAUUCGCAUCCAUAUUUAGAUUUAUUUGAUGUGCCAAGGUAUUAUAAUAUGUUACUUGACGCUUGGGAAGAUAAAUAUGGGGACAAUCGUGACGAGGGUAUUGCGUUGUUGCAAAAACUUUGUGGUGAGAAAAUGCACCUAGAAACUGAAACAAUUUAAAUUAUUUUUUUUAUUAAUUUUAAGUAAGUGCUGUUUUUAUGGCCACUUUUAAAAUUUUGGCGAUUCAAAAAAAUAAAAAGAUCUACUCAGUCUUUAAAUUAAAUUGAUGUUUCUUGUAAUUAUUGAAGUAAAAAAAUUUAAUUUCCUUACAUAAUUUGUUUACAAUUUUUGGUCAUUACUGAAAUAAUCUUCGGAAGAGUUAAAAAAAUAAUGAUUUAAUUUUACUCGGAAAUUAAUUUAAGAUUGGGUGGAUGCUCCGUAACUCGGUCUGCAUUAAAAUAAAAAAUAAAAUGGCCUUAAAAGCCGAGUUUUGGUGCAUGUAUUCAAAAUCGAAUUAAACAUUUUAACAAAUAACAGUAGUUUACAAAUAUGUAGAUUAAUUUUAAAGUGGCUAUAAAUGAUAUUCAUAAUUUAGUUAAAAAAAAAGCAAUGGCUGAUAAUUGAUGAGUUUUUUUGUUUUUUGAUAGGAAAUUGAUUUUUUGUGAUUCAUAUAAGACUUUGUAUAAAUUUUCGACGUUUUAUUUCUAUCGGUAUUCAUUAUUAUUAUUAUUUUAUUUUAUUUUUUUAUUAACGAGAGAAGAUAAAAGCCUUUUUGUGGUGAUUUUAAAAAUAAAAGUAAAGUCGAAAACGCUCGUGCCUUUUAGAAUUAAUUAAAUGUUCAAUAUCGUAACGGAAAAUUUGAAUGAAUUGUAACUUUUUUUCUAAUUAUAAUAUAAUAUAAUCAAAACUUAGUAAUUAAGUAAUAAAAAUGAUUUUUUUUUAAUAUUUAAAAUGUCAAAAUUUGACAUCAAAGAUUAUAAUUUAAUUUUUGAAUCGUGUUAUUUAUGUAACUAUUGACGACUUUCUUUCGUUUAUUAUUGUCAGAAUAUAAGAAAAAUAAUUUUAGAAGUAUUUACAUGAAAAAAUUGAAUAAUAUUUUUAUAUAACUUCUGAUAUAGGGUACAAGUACUAUUUGUGGCCACUGUUCCACUUUUGGACAUUUAAUACUUUAUUUUAAUUAAUGAGAAAGUAUAAAAUUAAAUUUCAAGUUCAAUAGUGAGACAAAAGUAUCUUUGAACUCAUUUUAAAAAUUAAUUACGUCUUGCGUCUUUUAGAAAAUAUUUUACAGUACUACCUCUGUAAGUUACGACGAUUUGGGACCGUCGUAAUAGUUCGAGGGGCAAUAAAAGUAUUAGUCUCGAUAGACCUGGAGCUAGGAAGGGUAUAUCGGUGUGAGGGAUCGUUAGUGUCUGUAAACGCAGGCAAAAAAUUUAUCAGUGAUAUUUAAUUUUUCACUUCUCAAAAUCCAUGUAAAUAAUUAUUAUUCAAUUUUCCAACUUGCAAUAAUGAGUAAAAUGCACGGAAAAAAGAGUAGUUGAAAAAUUACAGUUUCUACAGUAAAAAUAGGCCUUCCAGGCAAAAAUCUUUAAACAUUGAAGCUUAAACUGUAAUUUUAGAAAUUUGUUAUAGUAAUAAAAUUAAUACAAUUUUAAGCAGCAAAUUUUACAGUUUAAAUCGACAAUAUCGAGUUUGAAACUGUAAUAUUUGUUAUUUCUGGAUAAAAAAUGUAAUUGUUACAGUUUCAGACUCGGAGCGCUUUACUACUAUACGAAACUGUAAUUUUUCAACUGCUCUUUUUUCUGUGUAAAUUUUUUCUUAAAUAAAUAAAUUUCUAACAAUCGUUUUUUUACUAGAAAAAAAUAAUGAUUUCAUGUAUUAAAUAACGUUAAAAAUUUUAAAUAUUAAUUUAUAUUAUGAAUAAUAUUAAUUCGCAAUAAUUAGCAAUCCUCGCAUAAAUAUUUUUUUGAAUAUUUUUAAAUUAAGUGUCCAAAGCUGGCCCUAAAAUGGCCAAAAACGGUACCUUUAUCCUAAAGGUUACAUAUGUCUAAAAAUCACACGACAAAACAUCAGUCAAAAUAUCAUAUAAUAAUUUAUCACUUGUUCGAAUAUCCCGAUGUCAUCCCGAUUCCAAUAUCAUAUAAAAAAAUAUUUUUGUUUAUUACCAUAAAAUAUACUAGCCAUAAAAUAUCUAUAUGUAUACGAUUUACAUAUUUUUUCUACGCAUGAUAUUACUACGGUGUGUAAUUUGGUCGCAUGAUAUUCUGACAGAUAAUGAUUAGACGUAAGAUAUUUUCAUAUAUGAUAUCUUGGUAGUGAUAUUUUUUGUGUGAUAUUUAGUCGUGAGACCGAUAUAAAUAAUUUAUAAGUAAAAUAUAAAGCGAAAUUAUCGAGUAAAAAUUUAAAAAAAUAAAAAAUACUAUGUACAAAAAUUACGACAGAUAAAUUAACGAUAGAAAGUCGUCGAUUGAUAAUUGUAAUGUAAUAAUAAUUAAAAUAAGUCCAUAAGUUUAAAGUUGAAUUGUAAAACAAGUACAUUAUUUGUACUUAAGAAAAUACUCUUUGAUAAAUAAACAAUUUUAAAAAUA